CCAUAACAUGAUGCUCACAAAUCACAUGCAUUAAUGUGACACGGAACUAACUUGCCGUACAUAAUAUAUAUAUAUAUGUUCCGGAACAAAAAUAACCUUAUAUAUCAAAUUAAUUCCAUCUUUACUAUUGACUGAAAAUAUCAUAUUUAUUACUGUAUCUGUUAGCUAGUACUCGUACCGGGUAAUUCCUGCCGACAGAAGAAAUAUGAUAAAUUUAGCUAAUUUUUAAUAUUAAAUUCAUUUCCUUUUGAUUGUACAGUAUGUAUAUGAUCCUAUUGAGUGCGUGGGAACAUACAUGCAUAGAUAAUACACAAACAAGCAUACACACAAAAAUGAUAUAUUAUUGGAAAAGCAAGCUAGCUAGCAGAAAUGUUUAAUUACAAAUUGAUAAAAGAAGAGAGUAUAUAUAAACCUAGUGAAACAUGGGAUGAUAAAUGUACAUAAUCAUGCAUCUUAUUCAUGUAACCCUUCAAACAUAUAAUUAAUUGCAAAGAGCUCCCUCAAUGACGCAAAUCACAUGGCAUGUUUCUGGUCAUCUAAUCGAACGACCAUGAUCAAAUCUCAGAAGGCAGCAUACAUGGGUCGUUGGAUGUCUCCCAUAUCGAACUUAUUAUUGGUGGUUCGGCGAGGGGACAAACUUUGUCCCCACAAUUGUUUCUCUUUCUCAUGUGACCGACCACUUCCCCUUACUUGAUCUGUCAUUGCUCCCACUUAACCUCUCUUUUUUUUCCAUUCACUUUCUCUCUCUCUAUAUAUAAAGCCCUUUCUAUUCCAUAUUCCUAACAAUUCAAUUCAUUCAUCCUUCACUACUACACCAAAUUAAUAGAAAUUAAAGAUAUAUCAUUCCACAACACAAAUUAAAGUUAGUGAGACGUACCCUUAUUAUGGCCAAAGAAGGUCUUGGACUUGAAAUCACUGAGCUAAGGUUGGGUCUACCUGAUGCGGAGCAUCAAGUAAGUGUGGUCAAUAAGAAAAAUGAGAAGAAGAGGGCAUUCUCGGAAAUUGAUGAUGGUGUUGGAGAUGAAAAUAGCUCCUCCGGCGGAGGCGACCGGAAAAUGGAGACGAAUAAGAGUCAAGUGGUGGGGUGGCCUCCGGUGUGCUCUUACCGGAAGAAGAACAGCAUGAACGAAGGUGCUUCAAAGAUGUACGUGAAGGUUAGCAUGGACGGUGCUCCUUUCUUGCGUAAAAUUGAUUUGGGUCUGCAUAAGGGCUACUCAGAUUUAGCUUUGGCUUUGGACAAGCUCUUUGGUUGCUAUGGAAUGGUGGAGGCGUUGAAAAAUGCAGACAAUUCUGAACACGUUCCCAUUUAUGAGGACAAAGAUGGUGAUUGGAUGCUUGUUGGAGAUGUCCCUUGGGAAAUGUUUAUGGAGUCAUGCAAGAGGCUGAGGAUUAUGAAGAAAUCAGAUGCGAAGGGCUUCGGUUUGCAACCAAAAGGAUCUUUAAAGGGAUUCAUAGAAAGCGCGGCAAAGUGAAAGAUUAUGUUAGGCUUCUAAUUAAUGUCGUGCACAUUUUGCGAUCAUCAAUCCAAGUUUAUGUGUUAUCGUUUUCUUAUAUUUGAGGAAAAACAUGCAUUUUUAGUUUGAUAUAUGAAUUAUCAGACUUUUGUUUAUGUCAAGUUAUUAAUGAAUGACAUAUAGGACCCUAUAUAAAUAAUAGGGAAAACUCGUCGUUUUAGAUUAAUUAAUGCUUUGCCAUAAAUGUUUGUUUAUUUGCAUUCAGUUGCAGUACAAGUUAUUGUAUCAGUAUACUGUUUUCUUACUGAUUCCAAUUUGUUAAUUACUUCA